AUGAUGAUGGCCGCUCACAUUCUCCCCCCGCAGACUUCGUCGCGAUCCAGCUCAUUGAGCCAAGAACAAUCGCUCGAUCUCGUCGCUCCGUUAUCGCUCUCCAGCCUUAUCCGCACUCGAUCCGCUCGACGCCGAACGGUCUGUCUCAGUGCGACCGUUGAAGAGCAAUUCCCAAAACAACUCCCCUCUUUUAGCCGUCGCAGUUCCAUCCUCAGAAAACUGGCGGGUCCACGAGAGAACGCGAAGCGAUUCCUUCGCCUACGCUCCGCCGGCGUCCAUCCACCCACGCCGCCCCCGCAGCAGCGCCUCAAUCCCCGCUCUACCGGCGCCCGCCCCGUUUCCGAAAUCAUCGUCUCCUCGGGGCAUGCGAGGGAAGUUCCACGGUCCUGGGAAGAAGCCGAUAUGCGCUCGGAUUCAUCAUCUAUGGCGACCGACGUUUUGGCACGGGCGAUGCCCGAGCAUACUACUGCUGUCCCCGAGUUGUCCACGCCGUUUCCCCCGCUCCGCAAUGAGAAGAUUGUUGCGACGGGGAGUGGCCUCACGGUGGGCAUUGCGUUAACAGAGCCGGUGCUCUUUCUACAAGGUUAUGAUCAGCAUGACCCAAGUACAAAGAAAUCGGCCAUUCUACGAGGUCAAAUACAUUUGAAAGUGACCAAGUGUGUCAAGAUUAAGAAAAUCUCCCUUUGUUUCCGUGGUCAUGCACAGACGGACUGGCCAGAUGGCAUCCCCCCUAAGAAGAUCCAUUUUCAUGAUAAGAAAGAUUUGUUUACCCACGGCGUCGUCUACUUCAACCACGGCGAAACUGCACUUAUGCAAAAUGACUAUGGCGCACACUAUUACCAGUACGCUAAACCCGCAUCUCCCGUACCAGGAAAGGAGGGAGUAACCGCAACCACGCGAGAACUAUUCUCUAAAAGCGGCUCGAAUACUUCUCUCGGCCUGAUGACCGCGAAAGACGCCAAGCGCCUCUCAGUACAGACCACCCGGGGCCAUUCACGAAGUUUCAGCAGGAAUGACUCUCCGGUGAGUACUCAAAAUCAGCCGCAGCGCAACUACCGCAUGUUCCCCGUCGGCGACUACCUUUAUAGCUUCGAGUUCCCCGUCGACGGCUCGCUCCCAGAGACUAUCAAAACAGAUCUGGGUUUUGUCCGAUAUGACCUGGAGGCAAUUGUGGAGCGCUCAGGUGCAUUCCGGCCAAAUCUACUGGGCACCCUCGAGAUCCCUGUGAUCCGUACGCCCGCCGAGGGUUCGCUAGAGCAGGUCGAGCCAAUUGCCAUCUCACGCAACUGGGAAGACCAGCUUCACUACGAUAUUGUGAUAUCCGGCAAAUCCUUCCCGCUAGGCUCUCAGAUCCCCAUUGCGUUCAAAUUGACGCCACUCGCCAAGGUGGAAUGUCACCGUAUCAAAGUAUAUGUGACUGAAAAUAUUCAACAUUGGACCGCCGACAAAAGCGUGCACCGGCUGCAGCCGGCGAAGAAAGUGCUCCUUUUCGAGAAGCGCGCUGAAUCUGUUAGCACAAGCACUUACCCUGGUAGUUCAAUGCGCAUCACCGCAGGCGGUGGCAUUGACUGGGAUCAUCGUGCGGCUGCUGCGCGUGGAGAGGAGAUUGUGGAUCGUGCUCGGACGAAUUUGCUGGGCAACCUGAAUACUGAUUCUGGCGUUGGUCCCACGGAGAUGGAGUUCAACGUGCAGCUGCCGAGUUGCCACGAGAUGAGGGGACGGGAUGAGACGCAACGUUUGCAUUUUGAUACGACUUACGAAAAUAUUCAGAUCAACCAUUGGAUCAAGAUUGUUCUCCGUCUCUCCAAAAUCGACGAGCGCGACCCAACAAAACGCAGACACUUUGAAAUCUCCAUCGACUCACCCUUCCACAUCCUCUCCUGCAAAGCCACACAAGCAAACAUCUACCUCCCAGCCUACACUCGACCCGCGACGGAUCCAGACCCACCAGCCCAAGAAUUCGAAUGCGGAUGCCCCGGCGCCCCGCCAGCAUCACGCGAAUACACCCUUGGCCAGUCCAGCUCCGACCGCGAAGACUCCACCUCGAACCUCCACCAACCCAACUUUACCACGCCCGUCUCUCGCAGCUUCACCAACGGCUCGGGCGGUCUUGCCCGCCCGGCACAGGCUCAUAUCGCCCACGAGCCGAGCAUCGAUCGUGAAGUCCAGCGCCCAAUGCAUCUUCUUCGCGCGCCGUCAUUUGCACCACCCGCGUUCGAGGAUGUACCCCCGCCCCCGCCGCUUAUGACCCCGCCACCGGAGUAUACGAGUAUCGUUGGCAACAAUGACCGCGAGGCUGUGCUGGAGGAUUACUUCUCCCGACUAUCGUUCUACGAGGAGCAUGAUGAUGAGCGCGGUCUUGGCCGCGUCGAUGUGCCUCUUACGCCCGGAGGACGGGUCAAUCGCAGCAUGGACGUGCCGCGCGAGUGGGUGCGCAUCGACGACUUUACUGCAUCAUAA